CUACGGGGGUACACAUGUCCCACGAUCUGGCAGCACAGUGUCAGUGUUAAAGAAGAACGAACGACUAUUGUGUUGAUAAGAAUUUCAGAAUAAAACCAAAAGACCUUUGCUGAUAAUAUUGCUGAGGCCAUUGAACUAAUCUACAACGUAUUUUACUGAAUUGAAUAUGGAUCACUUUUUACGAGAGAAAAAUGCGUCGGUUAUUCCCGAUGUGUUAUAUGAAGAAACAGGUGAUGAACAUUCGAUUAAAAAAAUGAUACAACAUUUAAUAGAAAGCGACGCAUUGCCAAUCUUAAAUCAUGAGUCCAAAAAUGAAGAAACAGCUAAAAAAAAGUUAGAAGAAGGGAAUAAGAUGAUAUCAAGUGUACCGCUAGAUAAAUUGAUCGAAAUUUAUAGUGAGGCAAUAGCCUACGCACUACCUGGUUCAGAAUUAUUAGCACGUGGAUUUGCAAAUCGCUCGGCAGCACUAACAAAUGGGGGGAUGUAUGAAGAUUCUUUGAAAGAUAUAGAGAGAGCGUUUGAAAUCGGGUAUCCAAAUAAUUUCAAGGCUAAAUUAUAUGCUCGCAAAGCAAAGAAUUUGUUAGCUUUAAAUUCAAUGAUGCGCUCUGAAGUUGAUGACGCCAUUACCCAAGCAAACAUUUGGGUAGAAAAAAUGGACGAUGACAACAAAAAAAGAGUAAAAAAAAGUUUAGAGCGACUGAAGACAGAUAAAUCUUUUAAAAAACCUGUUAAACUUUGGGAAAGUAUUGUAUUUUUUCCUGAAACACCAGAUGAUAAUCCGAAAAUAUUGAGAGCUUCAGGUUCUAUUGACAUAAAAAAUUCUGAGAUAUUUGGCCGUCAUAUUGUAGCCACCAAAGAUAUUAAGGCAGGUGAAACUCUCUGGGUACACAGAUUUUAUGCAUUUACACUAAAGUCUGAAUACAGAUAUCGAUGUUGCUGGAAUUGUUCGAGAUCUACUUGGAGUAGCGUUCCUUGUAAUCAAUGUUCAAACGUUAUUUACUGUAAUGAAGAAUGUCGUGAUACUGCUUGGCAAAACCACCACGACAUCGAAUGUCCAGCAAUUACGUCAAUUUUAGCUCAUUUUAAAUUUCAUGAUUGUGGGGACUCAUGUUUAUUUAGCGUGAGAUUACUAGUAAAAGCUUUGAAAGAAUUUGGAACAGUUAACGCAUUGUAUGAAGAAGUCAAGCAGAUUGAUUUACUACACGACCCAAUUUCGAAACUUUUCACUGGAGAUGUAUACGAUGAUACAAAAUAUGCUAGUGUUUAUUCCUUAUUUCGAUUAACAUUAAAUCCAAUAGCUACUCCGGGUAUAAAACUUUCAAUCGCAGCAAUACUAUUUUCGUUAUGUGGAACUACUGAAAUACUGGGGAAAAAAUUUGAUGAUCCAACUGAGUUGAUGAAUAACAAGUGGGCGAUUUUCAUUGGGAACUUGAUGUUUAGACACAUGGGAAUAAUUCAGACGAAUGCAAUUAACAUGUUAAUAAGAAAUCGUGAAGGAAAUUCUGUAAAUCAUGGCAUGUUUUUGGCACCACUUUUGUCUUUAUGUAGCCAUAGUUGUGACCGUAAUAUAUACUCACUGCGUACAGGAGAAAUUAAUACUGAGAUUGCAAUUCAACCAAUCAAAAAAGGUGAACAAAUAUGUAUCAGCUACGGUACUACUUAUCAAAAAUUACCGGCUGUAGAAAGAGGAGAGUUUAUACAAAAAGUUUACAGAUUUUUGUGUCAAUGCGCGGCUUGCGUUAAUGGAUGGGGUCCAGAUUAUCGAUUUCCACCAUGUGCGGAACUACCGAAAAAAAUCGAAAAUGAGUUGUUUAGGAUUUCAAUGAAGUGCAACAACCAUAUUUCUACUAUAGAUCGACAUAUGAAACGUUCCGCUGAAGAAAUUACUUCAAGAAAAUUUAUUGAAAUGAUUGCUGAUUUAUCAGCAAUGCUUAAUCUUUUAGGCCCCGACAAAUAUCCUUGUCAAGAAAUGGUAGCAGCAAAAAUUGGAUUAAUCAACUUAAUCACUCGCAUUAGAGAAUACAUAUGAAUAAAAAUCCAAAAUAUAAGCUUGAGAAUCAGUAAAUUUUUUAACCCAAAAAUACUUAAUAUUUUGAAUCUCAGAACAACUAAAUCAUACAUUUUUACCACUACAAAUAAAUUUUUAAGAAUUAUUUUUAUAAUAAAUAUUUAUAGACUUCAUAUAAAAUGUAUAAAGUAUAAAUUAUUAAUUUUAAUUUCUUCAUCAACAAAAUAAAAAAAUAAAAUGUAUGAUGACCGAAGCUUUUAAAAUUCAUCAAAAAUUUUGUAUCCGUCAUUAUUUA